AAAUUUUUUUUAUCUCAUAUUUAUUUUCAUUUGUUACGAGUUGUUAUCUGUCUGAGUGAAUAUGUCUCGAAGCGAUGGCUCGGCUACCGUAUACAUGGGUAAGAUCUAUAUCGCCGGCGGACUCAACGACCAGAUGAUUGAAAGUUCGGUCGAGUUUUACGAUUUGACGGCCAAAACGUGGUCACUAAUUAUGCCAACACCGCGAACUAGUCUCGGGUUUGUUGCUCUGGACGACGCCCUAUACGACAUCGGCGGUAACAAUGGCUUUGAAAGACUACAAUCAGUGGAGAAGUACGACAUGAGACACAAGUCAUGGCAAAUGGUAGCCAAUAUGUUAUCAAAGCGAAGUACGUUUGCAACCGCUGUCAUUGAGAACAGUAUUUACGUCAUCUGCGGUUAUAAUGGUCAGACACCCACCGAUUCGUUGUCUCAGAUUUGGACGCCGACCCGAUGUCGAUGGUUCGCUACAAAGUUAUCGCACAAUAGUCCCCGCGCUUAUCACGGAAUACAAGUACCGAUAAUCUAUGACAUGGUUUACGUGAUUGGAGGCACCGACGGUAUCAACAAUCUCGAUAUCGACAGUUGUGUCCAAUAUUUUCAUUUAAGUAUUCAACGCCAACACCGACUGUCAAACACGGCAUUCAAUUUCAUUAAAGCAAACUUCUGUGAUGUGAUCUACAAAUGUAUGGAUUUUCCAGAACUAUCGGCCGACGAGUUGACAGUAUUGAUAGCCAGCGAUGACCUGAAUGUCAAAUCCGAGCAAACCGUUUACGAAGCGAUCAUCCAUUGGAUCCAAUGGUCAGCUAAUGAACGAAGUGGUCUCCAUUUGUAUCCAUUGCUUAAAAAUCUUCGUUACGCACGACUGGACAUUGAAUUCAUCGAGAAUACAGUGGCCAAGAAUGGUCUUAUCGUCGAAGAUCAAGACAGUCAACAAUUGGUCAACAAAUUUGUCGACACUUUUCGUACAUUUAUUAAAAAGAAAGACGGUUACGGUCUGUAUGUUGGCCUACAUCCCGAAGCCAUUAGGCCGCGCGUCCCGCACGAGAUUGCCAUAGUGUUUGGCGGCUGGCAGGAAGGCAUACCGUCAACUAUGCUCAAAAUAAUCUAUGAACUGGUUUACGUGAUCGACGGCACCGACGGUAUCAAUAUUUUGAAGAGUGUCCAGUGUUUCGAUACAAUUACAAAGCGUUGGUAUGACAGACAAGAUAUGAAUACUGAACGCUGUUAUGUUAAUACUGUUGUAGUCGACGGUAAUAUCUAUGCAAUGGGCGGUCAUAAUGGCCAACAUCGGAUAAAAUCGUGCGAGAAAUACGAUCCGCAGACCAAAGUGUGGACCAAAAUUCAGGACAUGAAUAUGUCGCGAAGCGACGGCUCGGCUACCGUAUACAUGGGUAAGAUCUAUAUCGCCGGCGGACUCAACGACCAGAUGAUUGAAAGUUCGGUCGAGUUUUACGAUUUGACGGCCAAAACGUGGUCACUAAUUAUGCCAACACCGCGAACUAGUCUCGGGUUUGUUGCUCUGGACGACGCCCUAUACGACAUCGGCGGUAACAAUGGCUUUGAAAGACUACAAUCAGUGGAGAAGUAUGACAUCAAACUCAAGUCAUGGCAAAUGGUGGCCAAUAUGUUAUCAAAGCGAAGUACGUUUGCAACCGCUGUCAUUGAGAACAGUAUUUACGUCAUCGGCGGUUAUAAUGGUCAGACACUCAUCUGUUCGGUUGAGAAAUACGAUUCGUUGUCUCAGAUUUGGACGCCGGCCCGAUGUCUGAAUCACGACCACAGCGGUCUAGCCGUAUGUGUGGCCAGCGGACUGUCCACUGUCGCCGACUUUACGUUUAUCGGACGCAAUGAACUAAAACUUCGCAACAAUUAUGACAACAAAGACUUGGACAAUAAGAUCGGAUCUGUUACCUUAUGGUAUAUCUUAGCAUUAUUUUUGUUGUCAUCGAUGAUACAGCCGGUUAAGGGAUUUGAUUUUAUCAUUGGAUUCGACAAAGAUGCCGAAAUGGGUACUACAACGUCAGUACUGAUGGUUUUGGGUAUCGGCGCCUGUUUGGUUGCCGGCUUUUUAACCACAGUAUACUGUAUUCAUGAGCGAUACAGAGUCGCCCGACACCAACCAACACAUGUACUGCCCGUCCAUCACAUACAGCCGUCAAAAUCAUUUCAAUCGUUUGUUUACCCAAACAAUAACAACAUAUUCGUUAAAGAGAUAGAAAGAAUCUCAUCAGUUGUCAAUCGGGACGAUAGCAUACCUUUUGCCAACAAAAAUAAAGAAAUGCUAAGACAGGCACAUAUUGGUAACCGAUUUUAUAACGGUUCACUACUCGGCGUUGUCAUCAAUAACACUACCGGAGAUAUAUCGUCAAAUAUCGCAGAAAAGGCAUUCAAAGGCCAUUAUUUUGUUGGUCAAAGUCAUGGGUUUACUACAGUUGCCGUAGAAAUGGAUACGAAUACAUUGAAACGAAAGUAUUCCGGAUCUGUGACUGAUGUUUCAAAUCCUAAAAAAAAAUGUACCCGAAAAUGCUCGGACAUAAGCUGUCAAUAAGUUAUCCAACAAACAGUAGUCAUGAACCAGUAGUAACAUUAUUGGACAGCAGUAGUCAUAUAACUAAUGUUAAAACCGAUAAUCUUAUCAAAUAUGGCAUCAAAAAUACAACAUUACAUCAAAAUAGUUCUAAUUUAUGUAAAAAAUUAAAUCAUUUAUUUGUGUUUUUUUUAUUAAAGUUUACUAAUUGUCGUUCAUUUAAAUAAAUCACUAUAAGAUUUACUAUAAGUCAUAUUAAGC